UUUCUAAAAACUGUUUUUUUUUCACAAAAAAAAGUUUUAAAUCGCAGUUGAAUGCGUUCACAGUGAUUUAAGUUAAACAUUAUCAAAUACUUUUCCUUCAACAUGAUGUUGGCAGUCAUUGUUUAUUUCACGCUGUUUGCCAACAUCAUCACCAGCACCCCUGCAAAAGACUUUGUCUCUCUGGCGGAGAGAGAAGAUGCUCUGCUAAGGGACUUGUUUCAGGGAUACCAGCGCUGGGUCAGGCCUGUUCUGCAUGCAAACCACACUGUUAAAGUCCGCUUUGGCUUGAAGAUAUCUCAGCUCGUUGAUGUGGAUGAGAAAAAUCAACUUAUGACCACUAAUGUGUGGCUUUGGCAGGAAUGGAUCGAUUAUAAACUGCGUUGGAACCCUGAGAAUUAUGGUGGCAUCACUUUUAUCAGAGUACCCUCGGAGACCAUCUGGCUUCCAGAUAUUGUUUUAUAUGAUAAUGCUGAUGGACGUUUUGAAGGCUCGCUUAUGACCAAAGUCAUCGUGAGGUAUAAUGGUCUGAUCACAUGGACACCACCCGCCAGCUACAAGUCAGCUUGCACCAUGGAUGUCACGUUCUUCCCCUUUGAUCGUCAAAACUGCUCUAUGAAGUUUGGUUCCUGGACGUAUGAUGGAAACAUGGUUGAUCUUGUCUUAGUCAACCAGCAGGUGGACAGAAGCGACUUCUUUGAUAACGGCGAAUGGGAGAUUCUGAGUGCAACCGGUGUCAAAGGCAGCCGACAGGACGUCCAUCUUUCCUACACUUACAUCACGUAUUAUUUCAUCCUGAAACGUCUUCCUCUCUUCUACACCCUCUUUCUCAUUUUUCCCUGCUUGGGCUUGUCUUUCCUCACAGUGCUGGUUUUCUAUCUGCCUUCUGAUGAAGGAGAGAAAGUUUCUCUCUCCACCUCCGUCCUUGUGUCCCUCACUGUCUUCCUCCUGGUCAUCGAGGAGAUCAUUCCAUCUUCAUCCAAAGUCAUCCCAUUGAUUGGAGAGUACUUGCUCUUUAUCAUGAUCUUCGUCACCCUCUCUAUCAUUGUCACUGUGUUUGUUAUAAAUGUACACCAUCGUUCCUCAGCUACAUAUCAUCCCAUGUCUCCAUGGGUGCGUUCCCUGUUCCUGCAGAAACUGCCGCAUUUGCUGUGCAUGAGGGGAAACACGGAUCGCUAUCACUACCCCGAGCUGGAGCCCCAAGGCCCUGAUCUCAAGCCCCGAAGCAAGAAAGGGCCACCUGGCCCUGACGGAGAAGGUCAAGCUUUGAUCAAUUUGCUCGAGCAAGCUACCAACUCUGUUCACUACAUCUCACGGCAUAUUAGAAAGGAGCAUUUCAUUAGAGAGGUCGUACAGGACUGGAAGUUUGUGGCACAGGUCUUGGACAGAAUCUUUCUCUGGGCAUUUCUUACCGUGUCUGUGCUGGGCACCAUUCUCAUCUUCACACCUGCAUUGAAGAUGUUCCUUCGCUCUUCUCCUCCUCCUUCCCCAUGAGACACUUGGCAAAUUUCACCCAACUCUCUAAUCACAGGCAACCUCACAUCAUGCAAGAAAACUAUUAAUGUCCUUUUACCAAUAUUACAUUCAGAGAAACACAGGUCACCAAUUAAUGAAUACAGUGAACAAAAAGUGGAGGAAAAUUGUUUUUUCAUUGUGUCACAUAUAGGAUAACAAAGUGAGUUGUUUAAAAUAUAAUACAUUGCUGCUGUCCUUCUGAAAGCUCGAAUCUCCAUAUUUUGUGUUUUUUAUUUUUGCCGUAGAUCAUUAUUAUUGGUCACCCUUUAUGUUUGUAUUUUGCAAAUAUCCAACCAAUAAAAAGUAUUAAAAAGUGCUUUUCAACUUUGACAACACAGUGUUUAAUCACUUAAAAAGCAGUGUUUUUUUUCCAUUGAGUAAAAA